UGCAAACCUACCCUUUCUCCUACUUACUAUGCUGUGUUUUUACUAGUUUACUAGUGGUAGUUGUUGAUGGUUAUGGUGAUAGUUGGUUUACAUUUAUAUCACAAUUCAGGUCGUGUUGGCAAUACCAAUAAAUUAGAAUGAUGUUCAUCAAUUAAUAUCAAUUACACGCUUUCUCAGCUAUGUAUGUCUAUAAAAACAACCCACACCAUUCUCAUAUUAUCACACGAUCAUCAUUCUAUUCAUGGCUUAACAUUUUCUUUCUAUUUAGCACGUACCACUUUAUAAAUAUAUAAUUUUUUUAAUAUAAACAUCUUCUUUAGGCUACACUAAGUAGCUUAGUUUUCAACCAUUAUUCUUAAAAACCCACAGAUAUAAUUCAACCCGGCCAUAUAAUCCUUUUAUUUUAACUUUUCUUUGAUAUUUUUUUUUUGGUCGAUUGAAGAAAAAUGGGGACCGAGAAAGAUCAAGCACGUAACCUAGGGCCAAAAACACAUUCAGUGAAACUCAAGUACGUCAAGCUUGGUUACCACUACUUAAUCUCAAAUGCCAUGUAUCUUUUCCUCCUUCCCAUUAUCAUAGCCCUAGGCCACCUUUCCGUGGAAGAUAUUGCUCAACUCUUCCAACAAUUCGAUCUUGGCCUAGUCUCGGGUACACUCGUCUGCACGGCCCUUACGGUGUGCCUCGUCACGCUGUACUUCUCAUGGCGACCUCGUGAUGUUUAUCUUCUCGACUUCUCUUGCUUCAAGCCGGAUCCCUCCCUAAUGUGCAAUCGUGAGACAUUCAUGCGGCAGCUUGCGAAAGCCGCAAAUUUCAGUGAUGAGCUCCUAAAAUUUAACAAGAAGAUCAUUGAGAGAUCAGGGUACGGACAGAAGACAUAUGCGCCCAAAGCCGCGCUGGAGGACCCGCCAGUAGCAACGAUGUGGAAGUGCAGAGAAGAGGUGGAGAUGGUGGUGUUUGGGGCUGUAGACGAGCUAUUGGCCAAGACCAGAGUGAAUGUCAAGGAUAUUGGGAUUUUGGUGGUCAACUGUAGCUUGUUCAAUCCUACACCAUCUCUUUCAGCCAUGGUUGUUAACCGCUACAAGCUUAGAGGGAACAUUUUGAGCUAUAGUCUUGGUGGGAUGGGUUGUAGUGCUGGAAUUAUUGCUGUUGACCUUGCCAAACGUUUGUUACAGGACCAAGCCAACACCUAUGCACUGGUAGUGAGCACAGAAGCCAUGACCCUGAACUGGUACGGCGGCACAAACAAGUCAAUGCUUAUCACCAAUUGCCUUUUCCGCCUAGGCGGCGCUGCUGUUCUUCUAACGAACAAAUCAUCGGAACGCCGUCGUUCCAAGUACCAGCUCAUGCACACCUUACGGACACACAAGGGCGGUGAUGACAAGAGCUACCGUUGCGUCAUGCAACAAGAAGAUGAUGACGGACAUAUUGGCGUGAAGCUCUCGAGGGACCUCCUACCUGUGGCCGGAGGCGCCAUCAAAACUAAUAUCACCAUGUUAGGCCCUUUAGUCCUUCCUAUAUCGGAGCAGAUCCUCUUCUUGGCUAAUGUAGUAGGGAGAAGACUACUAAGGAUGAAGAUCAAGCAGUACGUGCCUGAUUUCAAGCUAGCCUUUGAGCACAUUUGUAUCCAUGCGGGUGGUCGAGCUGUCCUUGAUGAGAUCGAGAAAAACCUUGAUCUCACCAAAUGGCAUAUGGAACCUUCCAGAAUGACCCUUUACAGGUUUGGAAACACUUCUAGCAGCUCUCUUUGGUACGAGCUAGCUUACACUGAAGCCAAAGGAAGAGUCCGCAGGGGAGACCGGGUAUGGCAGAUUGCGUUCGGGUCGGGUUUUAAGUGCAACAGUGCUGUUUGGCGGGCGAACCGGUCUGUCGAUCCGGCAAAGGAAACAAAUCCCUGGAUUGAUGAGAUCGACGAGUAUCCAGUUAUUGUGCCAGAGGUGCAACCUGUUCUAGCCGAAUAAUUGCAUUUUAAUUAUUGCUAGGGAAACAAAUGGUGCUCGAGUAAUAAUAGAGCCUUAGGUCACUCGUGUCUUGAAGCCCUAUGGCGUGUGGUGUGAUAGCAUCAUCACCAAUCACCAUUGAUCGAAAUUAAACUUCAAUUUAUGUUGCCUUUUUAUCUUCUUUCUGUUUUGGUGUACUUUGUGUGGUUAUCGUCCAUCGAUCUGAAGGGCUUAUGUGUUUGGUACUAUAGUAUUAGUAGAACGUGCCUUUUAUAUUGACUGCAUCAUAUUUGAAGCAAGCUAGGAGAGAAAACUAUUAUGUUUUUUUUUUUUUAAAAAAUAAAAAUAAAAAAUUAAUUAUAUGUACGUUUUCCCAA